AGCUCCGCUCUUAGGCUCCCCUGCGAGUCUCGAAGAUCUCGGGUCUUCCCGACCCGCCCUCUCCCGCUGCUGCUCCCCAGCCGGCCGGGGCAAGACGCUCCCCACCCCGCUCCGCCCGGGGGACCGAGGCUCCGCGCUCACGCCCUCCUGCCCGCAAGCGGGGAGUCACUGCGGCUGGUGCGGGGGUGACACGGAGGGGAUUUUCCUAUCUUCAGCGGGUGCCCCCCUCUCCGCCCUCCGCAACCGUAUUGGUUUCCGGACCCCUAUUCCCGCUCCCCGCCUCGCUGGAAAGGGGUCGGGCAUCUGGAGGGGGUCUGGGGGCGCUGCAGCCGGGCCCCCGCCCCGCCCGCAGCCCCGCUCCUCCCCGCGCGGCCCCACUUGCGGCCGCGCCGGCAGCCGUGCAGGGACAGCUGCAUUUCUCGCCGCCCGCCGCUAGGAAGCCGGCCUCGCCUCGCAUUCUCCGCCUCCCCGCGCCCAGCCGCGCCGCCGAGCCGGGCCCGCCGCCGCCGCCGCCGCCGCGGGAUCGCCGCCCCUCCCCCGCCCGGCCCGGCCGGCCCGCGGGGAGCGGACGCGCGUGGCGGCUGCUCGGUGGGACCGUCCGUCGUGGAGCCGGCGCCAGGAUGCCCCGGGGGUGUGGAUGACCAGCGCUCUGGCCCCCGCACGGCGCAUGCCGCCGCCCCGCGAGGGCCCCGCGCCCGCACUGUCCUGACCGGGAGGCCCGGGGACGGGGCAGGGAGGCGCAGGAGUGAGCUCCCCGAGCCUGAAGAGCAAGCCAGCGGCUGACGGCGGGGGGACGCGGGGGGACGCAGGGGAAGCGGCUUCGCAGCCGGCUGGAAACAUUUUCCCCCAGCGGCUCUGCAAAAUGACCAGCCUGUUCCGCCGCGGCAGCAGCGGCGGGGGCGGCGGCGGGGCGGGGGGUGGCGCCGCGGCGGCCGCGGCCCCGCAGGAGCUCAACAACAGCCGGCCGGCCCGCCAGGUGCGCCGCCUCGAGUUCAACCAGGCCAUGGACGACUUCAAGACCAUGUUCCCCAACAUGGACUACGACAUCAUCGAGUGCGUGCUGCGCGCCAACAGCGGCGCCGUGGACGCCACCAUCGACCAGCUGCUGCAGAUGAACCUGGAGGGGGGUGGCGGCAGCGUCUACGAGGACAGCUCCGACUCGGAGGACAGCAUCCCCCCGGAGAUCUUGGAAAGGACUUUGGAACCUGAUAGCUCUGAUGAAGAGCCCCCGCCUGUGUACUCCCCACCAGCCUACCACAUGCACAUGUUCGACCGGCCUUACCCUCUGGCUCCCCCCACUCCACCUCCCCGGAUCGAUGUGCUGGGCUCUGGACCCCCUUCAAGCCAGAGGCGCUACCGGAACUGGAACCCACCCCUGCUGGGCAACCUCCCCGAUGACUUUCUCCGCAUCCUGCCCCAGCAGCUGGACAGCAUACAGGGUAACGCUGGGGUCCCCAAGCCUGUGAGUGGAGAGGGAGGCCCGUCUCCCACAGCCGGGCAGGGGACCCGCGACCAGGAGAGCCGCUGGAAGCAGUACCUGGAGGAUGAGAGGAUCGCACUCUUCCUGCAGAAUGAGGAGUUCAUGAAGGAGCUGCAGCGCAACCGCGACUUCCUCCUUGCCCUAGAGAGAGAUCGAUUGAAAUAUGAGUCCCAGAAAUCCAAAUCCAGCAGCGUGGCUGUCGGAAACGGCUUUGGCUUUCCUAGUCCUGUGCCAGGAACCAGUGAUGCCAACCCUGCUGUGUCUGAAGAUGCCUUAUUCAGGGACAAAUUGAAACACAUGGGAAAAUCCACCCGGAGGAAGCUGUUUGAACUCGCCCGAGCCUUCUCCGAGAAGACCAAAAUGAGGAAGUCAAAGCGGAAACACUUGUUGAAGCAUCAGUCGCUGGGUCCUGCAGCAUCAACAGCCAAUCUCCUGGAGGACGUGGAAGGCCAUGCUUGUGAUGAAGACUUCCGGGCAAGGCGGCAGGAGGCACCCAAGGCAGAGGAAGCCCUAAGAGAAGGACAGUAGGAGAUGCCAGCAGCUCCUCCUUGCCGGAGAUGAUCUGACCCAGUGGGAGCAGCCGGAGGGCAACACUGGUCCCCAGCUGAAGGGCCCAGCUGCAGCCGGACUGAUGGUGCUUGCAUACCAUGGCCCAGUGAUUCUCCGGCCACAGUCCAGCCCAGCCACUGCCACUUUCCAAGGGACUUAGAACUUCGGAGUUGCCAUCCUGUGAUUGGAGGAAGGAUCUGGGGCCCCUAGAAGGCAGCAGCCAGUCACAGCCCCUUUUGCAGCCAGGCUUUUCUAUGGUCAAUGAGUGGAACACAGGAACCACCAACCCUGGAGUACGAGAAAGGGCAGAAUGACCCUACCAGAGGCUCUUUGGCCCAAAGGUGGAGCUCCUGCCUCCCUCCCUUUCCCAUUUCUCCUGCCGGGCCACAGACCCCACCUGAUCCCCUAUGUCCAUCCCCAGGUUCCUCUGGGUACCUCGUGCUUUCUUCCCGUGGCCUGCUGCAUCUCGGCCUUUCCCACGGCUACUGACCCUCUGCACAACCCCUGCACACAACUCCUGGUGGGAGAGCCCUGGGCAGCCACUCGGGCACCCUCCAAGGAGUGAUGGGGCACUGCAGAGAGGUAUCUACUGCCUGCCUGGGCUCAUCGGGCUGCUUCUGUUAAGGGCUGGCGUGGGCCUCCAGCAACCUCUCCUACACCCAGCAGGGAUGGGGAGGGUGGCCACCCCGGAGCUGGAGGAUUCUGGCUAGGUAGGCCUUUACUUUGGCAGAAGACAACAGCCAGUUCUGGAGUCACACCACCAUGGGAGAUCACAGGGGCUCUGAAUUACCCCAGCCGGACUAGAAGUCCUGCUAUCCUCUAAGGGUGAGCAGUGACAGGUUCCGGAGUGACCGCUGGAGGAGGUGCAGACCUGAAGAGCAAGAUAAAGAGGCUGCUGGCCUGGUGGGAGUGCCUAGGGCAGAAGCACUUGCCAGGUUCCCCUUGCAAAGAGCGAGAAGAUGAUCUUAGGAAAACUCUGAUUCUGCAAAUGCUUACCUGGCACCAACCGCUGCCUAGGGGAGGGAGGCUGCUCCGGACUAUCUAGCCCCACCCUCCACACGGGAAAGAGCUGACCUUUCCAGAGAGCUUGGAAGCCUGGGCAGGCACGAGGCUUCGGGGCUCCUGGGGCGCGGGUUUGGGAGGUUGGGAGUGGGAUACUAUUCUUGGCGGGGCCCUGGUGGCUGCAAGUGGCCACGAGAUAAUGAGCGCGUGGCGGAGGCGAGAGGGCGAUCGCACCUCGUUCCGCCCUCCGCAGCGGCGACUCCGGGCGGGCGGCAGAGCUUCCCCUCGCUAGGAGAGCGGCGGCCGCGGGAGGGGCCGGGACGCGCCGCCGCAGAGCGUGACCAAGUUUGGAAGCGCGCGCGGUACCCGGGACGCUGGCGCGGGGACGCCUGCGGAGGAGGGGCGGGCCGUCCGCCCUCCACUGCUCCCCGUUGCCAGGCCUGUGGCACCUGCAGGGAGAGGUCCCCAAGAAGUCCCCCGGGCCAUCAGCCUGGGCUCCAGAUGGGUCUGACCCCGAGGGGCAGAGGAGGGGGCUCUGGGCUGUGGCCCUGACCUCUCCGUGCUCCAGGACCCGGCGCAUGGUGAGGGAAACCCCAGCCCCACCUCUCUGUGUGUUGCUUUGUUAUUUUUUCCCCCUCCGAUGUGUGGGUUUUUUCUUGGAGCUGUUUCAUAGGAAUUCCUGUAAUAAAAACUUGGUGUUCUCUUGGUG